AUAAAUGAAAUUUCAUCACUCCAAAAUAAAACCUUUGGGUUCAAAACUGCAACCCUAGAAGCAUCAGAAUAAGAUUAGCACGCCACGACGAACUCAUCGACGCCGUCGGCUUCUUGGCUGGUCUUGUCUCCUUGUGCCGCCGAGGCACAAUCUCUGGUUUAGUGUUGGUGCAACAACAACACCAAUAACAACGGGUAUACACUCGCCGGCGCCUCCCUCUCUCUCAAAUUUUCGCCGGUGUCUGUCUGACUCUGAGUGGUCUCCUACCUCGCAGAGGCAACAAUGGCGAGUUGAAACUUGAAAGUUCUCUUUCAGCUUACUCGCCCUCGUUGUUUUUUUUUUUUUUUUUUUUUUUUUUGUCUUUCUCCAUCGGCUAGCUUCUUUAAUCUCUUUAUGUAUUCGUCAGAAAAUCUGGUUUGCAACUUCAAUGGCGGUUUCAUUUCUUCACUGUCAGCAGCCUGUGAGACCGGUUUCUAGAUCUUGUGUUUCUUUUUCAAGGCGUGAGUAUGGGGAAAAUAACCGUAAGAGAAGUACUUUUGUUGUCUUUGCUUCUACUGACAAGGUUCAAGGACUUAUAGAAAGUAUAAAAUGGGAUGAUAAAGGAUUAGCAGUGGCGGUAGCUCAAAAUGUUGACACUGGAGCCAUAUUAAUGCAAGGGUUUGUGAACAGGGAUGCAUUGGUUGCCACCCUUUCCUCUCGAAAGGCGACAUUUUACAGCAGGUCACGGUCAAAAUUGUGGACAAAGGGAGAGACCUCAAAUAAUUUCAUUAAUGUUUUUGACAUCUUCCUUGAUUGUGAUCGAGACUCAAUAAUAUACCUGGGAAAGCCUGAUGGACCUACCUGUCAUACUGGGUCAGAAACUUGCUAUUUCACAUCAGUUUUUGAUUUGUUAGAACAUUCAGAGUCAGGAAGGAAUAAAUUAGCGUUGACCUCAUUGUACUCACUGGAGUCUACAAUAGCCCAGCGCAAAGCAGAAGUAGAAGCAUCACAGGAUGGAAAACCGUCAUGGACUAAAAAGUUAUUACGAAAUAGUAACUUGCUGUGCUCAAAAAUCAAGGAAGAGGCAGAUGAAUUAUGCCGAACACUGGAGGAGGAGGAGGAUAAGGCACGUGCUGCCUCGGAGAUGGCAGAUGUGCUUUAUCAUUCCAUGGUUCUUCUCGCUCUUAAAGGUGUAAAAAUGGAAGAUGUCUUCCAAGUUCUUCGAAAAAGAUUCUCUCAGUCAGGAAUAGACGAAAAAAAAAAUCGCCCAGCACAAGUUUAGGUGGGCAGUUGUUGAUAAUGUAAAUGGGGUGGGGAAUAUCCGAGUAUUGUGUCCCCUGACCCCUACUUCUACCUCUUAAGUGUUUAACCGACCCACCUCGAGUUAUAGAAAUCAGGGGUUCCCUUAGCUCCCCCGUUUGGUACAUACUAACCGAACUUAAAACCACCCGGACAAGAAAAUUUUUUCCUUUUUCUAUUGGUACCUGUACGAGCUGGAAUGAGUUGGAUCCUCAUGACUAUUGUACCCAUCAAACUAGAAUCUUACCAAGGUGGAUUUUUUUUUUUUUUCUUUCCCCCCGGUUCUUUUGUUAAGUAUCCAUUUCCUAUUAUGUCAGAACUUUUAUUUUUUGUCUGUAAAUAUGUGUGAUUUAAUGAGAAUAUUUUAGCAUUUGGUUCAUGAAA